AUGUCUCAGCGGCAGUCGACGGCAGUCAACUUCAGUCGACUGCAAUCGGCGACGUCUCAACGACAGUCGACGGCGGUCGCCGACUGCAGUCGACUGCCGUUGAUUGCCGUCAAUGUAAAUGAACCCUUAUCAAUUGAGUCACACGAUAAUGCAAUACGACGCGAUACGAUAGCCGACACUAUUGAUAUUAGUGUAACAUUAGUAACCAUGAGUGUCAUCGUAAAUUAUUUUAAGCAAGAGUGCAAGUUGGUUAUGUUAGGUUUGGAACACCCAAAACCAACGGAUUUUUAUAUCAGCACUUGGCAAAACACUCGUUCUGCUGUACCACUGUUAUUAUGGAGGUUGCUACUUCUACUAACAUCGGUGGGAAUAGUAAUAACCUCAUUCACUUUUUACAUAAUAAGCCCGUUUUCUGCUGGUUAUUGGUUCAUUUAUUUGACACAUUGGGGCUUGGGAUUGAUGGUCGCUUCGACUGGAUUUGGAGUUGCAACUUCGGCUCGUGUUUAUUUGUAUGGGCCAAUCAGCGCUGAUUUGAAUUUACCAUGGUUCGUGAAGACAUUCUGGGUGCUUCACAACGUCUCUGUUCCUGUCGCUUUCAUCAUCACCGUUUUCUACUGGAGCUUACUAUAUAAUGUUGAUUUCCAAGAAGAAAUGGACCGUGGCUUGGACAUAGCGGUGCACGCAGUCAACACGGUCAUAAUGCUGCUGAUGCUGAUGAGUUCUUCGCACCCCACCCGCUUCCUGCACGUGGCGCACCCGUUCCUCUUCGCGCUCACCUACGUGGUGUUCAGUGUCAUUUACUACCUCGCUGGGGGAAUUAACCCCCUCGGAGAGCCGUGGAUAUACCCCGUAGUGCACUGGGGCGAGCCCGGUCCGACCAUACUAGUAGUGUUUGUGACAGGCUUGCUGCUCGUAUGCCUGCACUUCGUCACCAUCGGCCUGGCUGCGGCUCGAGACAUCCUCGCCGGACGUAUCAUGCGCUCCUCUGCUGCAGCGGGUGCGGACGAGAAUGUCGCUUUACGGAACAACGCUGCUAAUACGUGAUCAAUUCGCCCAUUAAUCCAACAGCACUACUAGCAGUGGUGUGCACAAGGAUUUUAAGUAGGGUAUGCAUAGUGGCAUGCACUUCAUUAAUUGCAAAUUGCCUACUCUGAGGAAAUAUUACGAAACUGUAUUGGUGAAGAAUUUCUCCAUUUUUACGACUCAUAUAUAGUGCACACUUUAGUUAGAACCCUUAUGCACGCCACUGGGUAUUCACUAUAAAAAAAAUGACAAUUUGAAUUAGGUUAUCUGUGACAUUACGUCAAGCAAGCUUUGUUUAUUAUUUUUCGCCUUCAGUUUUUAUUUAAAACAAUGAUUUUUAAUCUUAAUACCGAAAAUAAAGUAAUUAUCGUCUUGGUAUUUAACGACAUUUCAGGAAAAUUGUGAGUUAAAGCAUUUAGAUCGAAUUACAGCAAAAAUCGUACAUUCUUUAGUUUGACGUGUUUAAGUUUACCUACUAAUACUAUGACGCCACGAAAUGGCCGACAGUGUUUUCGGCAUUGGAAAAAUUAAAUAAAAUUCGCAAUAUUUAACAUGAAUUUCUAAAGUAAUCUUUUACUAUUUUUAAUUCAAAUUGGUAUGUAUUUCGGACCAAGUACUAUUGGAGUUUAAUAUUGUUUAUAUUAUAUUUGAUAUGAGUUAAAUACCUUAUUGUAAUGAUUCCUCAGGGAAGACAUCAUUCUUGUGCACCCCAUUAACUAGUAGAUAUACUUAUUUUGUCCGCCCUUUCAGUACGUUGGUAUUUUUGUAUGCAAUGAGGACAUCAGAGGAAUGCCCACCUAUAGUUAGUGUAAGUUUGCUCAGUUCCGCAACACAUUGUUUGCUAUCUAAAACAAAUAAUCAAUGUUUAACUAACGCACUUUAUCAGAAUAAGUUAACGACCAUUAUUCAUACAAAGGUUGUACAGUUGUCUGCAAAAUAAUAUAGAAAAUAGAUAAAAUUGUUAAUAUGUUACAUUUAUAAAUUAUUGUAAGUAUUCAGGAUGUAUAUUGGGGAGCAACGUAAGAGUAUCAGCAUUUAA